CUCAUUCCUACCAGUAAAAUGAUUUGUAAUGUCACGGGUUCACAACAAGAACAUGACAAAUUCUGAAAACAGAUGCGAUUAUAAGUAUUAUUUACCGAGAAGAGAGUGCGAUGAUGAGGGCAAUGGUCCUGGAUCUACGUAGUCCAGCUGGGAAAACAGAUAGCAAGAGACUGAACGCAACCAUGGAUUGGUGUCUUGAAAUGUUGUUAUGGAAUUAUACAGGUUCGGGCACUGUUGGGAACCCAGAAGCCUAUCUAAGUACAUAUUGGACAAAUACGUACUGGCAACAGACCGCACGUGUAACGGAUUGUCCGUGCUUUGAGAACACGACAUACUGGGAGGAUGACUCCGAGAGUUAUUGCAUUUCUCAGUUCGACGAACAGAGCUCAAUCAAAGAGGAGGACUUAGCGUUUUCGUCUUUUGAUGACCUUUUGAACGUGGGGGAAAAAGGUAGGAAUGAAGGUGAUCCUGCCAUGUGUAUAGGCCUGAAAUAUAACUACAGCACACAGAGCCUCGAUGUGACCAUCAUGGAGUGUCGUGACCUUCCGGUAGUGGAUGGAAGGAAACAACACUCGAACCCGUAUGUGAAAUCAUACCUUGUCGUUGCUGAAAUCAAAUAUGGCAAAAGGAAAACGAGAGUCCUGCCUGCCACAACUAACCCGAGGUUCUAUGAGUUGUUUCGGUAUUAUAUAUCAAAAGCAGACAUGGACGAUUCGACAUUGUUGGUGACUGUAUGGCAGUACAAUAAAUACGGAAGGAACUUCUGUAUCGGCGAAGUCACAAUCCCAUUGGCUGAUUCCCGCUGUGGCGAACUGUGUUCGAAAUGUCGAUGA